ACUAAUUGUCUCAACCAAUUUGUUGAAGAAAGAAAAAUAAGAAAAAAAUAUGGAGAAGGCAUUUUCACUACUGGUUUUCAUCAUAUUCUUUAUCAUGCUUGCUUCCGUAGAAAACAAGGUGAAGGCGAAGACAUGCAUGGAGCGUCUGGAUCAUGGUCUUUGCGAGCGAUGUACUGAGAGAUGUAAGGCCAAGCAUGGACCAAAAGGCGAAGGCAGUUGCGACAUCAAGGCUCAACUAUGCUAUUGUUUUUACCCGUGUCCAACUGGUCCGCAAUGCUAUGGUGGAGCUGGCUUGUGUGGUCCAUGUGGUUCUCCUUGUUGCAACCAACAGUGUGCGGAUAAGUAUAACCAAGGAACUGGAUUUUGUGACAACAUUGGCCAUUCUAAUUUGUGCAAAUGUGAAUAUCCUUGCAAAUAACUAUUUCAAUUUUUACCAAAAAAAAACUAUUUCAAUUUUUCUAUA